CGUGUCGCAAGUCUAUCACGUUAAAAAGGAUUCAUAAUGGGUGUGGUUUUCCUACGGCGAAUUCGACAACAGGGAGUGGCCGUGUGCAAACACUGAGUAAAAGUGGUCUGUCGGCAUUCACCUGAGCGGGAGUACAAUCAGCGUGCAGGUAAAAUGGAUCUGUCUGAUGCUCUGGGUGAUGACACCUCCUCUGGACAGCCGUUGAAUGCUCAGGCUGGAGCACCAGCAUGGCCCGGUCAGCCCGGCCAACCAGCGUGGCCAGGUCAGCCCGGCCAACCAACAUGGCCCGGUCAGCCCGGCCAACCAAAUCAACCAGCUUGGCCCGGUCAGCCCAGCCAACCAGCUUGGCCCGGUCAGCCCGGCCAACCUGCUUGGCCCGGUCAGCCCGGCCAACCAAAUCAACCAACUUGGCCUGGCCAACCUUCAUGGCCCAGUCAGCCUGGCCAACCAAAUCAACCAGCAUGGCCCGGCCAGCCUGGCCAACCAAAUCAACCAGCGUGGCCCGGUCAGCCUGGCCAAACUAUCCCAUCUGCUCCUCAGCCAUUUUCCAGUGGACCUCUAACGGUGCCAUACGACGUGGUCCUGCCCAGAGGAUGUUAUGACAAAAUGCUGAUCAGCAUCUCAGGGCAGAUCCUUCCCAAUGCUAACAUGUUUGCAGUCAACCUCGGCCGAGGCAAUGAUAUCGCCCUGCAUAUUAACCCCCGAUUCAGUGAGGGUGGGAGGCAGGUCAUUGUGAGGAACAGCCUGCAGGGGGGGAACUGGGGCAAGGAAGAGAGGGAGUGUGGCUCAUUCCCCUUUGUUCGCGGAAAGCCUUUUGUGAUGAAGAUACUUUGCACCAAUAAUGAAUUCAAGGUGGCAGUGAAUAACAGUCACCUCCUGGAAUACAGGCACAGGAUGCGUGACCUCAGCUCAAUCAACAACCUCAACAUCAUAAAAGACAUCACCCUCACCUCUGUCACGGUGGAAAGUCUGCCCUGAAAUGCCUCUCAGUAGAUUGGCUUACUGCUCUGUUCAUCACAAAUCAUUGUUAGCUGUGCAUUCAAUAAGGGUCAGGUUAAUUUUGCAUGCCCAUACACUGUACUUUGUCUUGGCAAAACUAAGAAAAUUGUAUUUUUUACAUGUAAACAGAUGCAUCUUAUACUGAAUUAUAAAAAUAUUCUGAAUUUUCAUACAAUUUACUUAAUGCCAUUUAUUGCAAAGAUUAUAUCUCCUAUUUUCCAGUAAUGUCACUGUGGAGAAAAAUAAAUGUAUGCAUGCCUCUUUGCUCUCAAGUCUUAUUUUUCUGAAUUUUUCUGUAAUUCACGUAAUACUGAGUAAGAUGCUUAACCCCAACUCCUCCAGGGACUCUGACUGAACCAGUGCUGACUCCAAAACUCACUCUCACCUUUAUAUAUGUCUGUGUUUCUGUGGAUGACAAAGUUCACUGUUUCAUUCAUGCCCCUGGCUGUGUCUGUGGUUUGCAUAUCCUCAGCAUGUUUGCAGUUUGUGAGUUUCCCAGCUUGCUCCUGAUGUCCAAAAACAUGUAUGAGUGUGAAACUGGCACAUAUAAAUCUUUAAAGCAUGAAUCUUUGAUUCCUGUACCAAAACUGUUGUCCACUUGCAUUGAACCUGACUGUCAGAAAUUUUAUCCAUGCAAUACAGCAGACCUCCCCAGGUCUCCAUGGCAACA